CGUGGAAUGGUGGUUGUGUGACGAUUGUCUCUCGCUUCUUGCUUACAAUCGGGUGUUUAUCAUCACGCCAUCCAACAAUGCUAGCUAUUAUCAUGAUACUCGUUUCUUUGGCCAGCGCCAUGCAACCUACCGAUGGGGCGUGCCCCACUGGAUGGGACAGCGUAGGACCCGGAUGUUACAAGUUUACUGUCAGUUCAUCCAUGCAAGACGUGAUGAAAUACCCAGAGGCUUCAUCAUCAUGCAACUCUACUGGAGGAAAACUUGUAGUUUUCAACAGCAAAGAUGAGAUGGUAGAAGUAGGUAAUUCAUUGUACGUACGGGAACAUAUGGAGCGCACACAUGGCUCCGAUUAUUACUUAUGGAUCGGUUGUACGGACCAGGCCGUAGAGGGAACCUUCGAAUGUGAAGACGGUACGCAACUAGCUCUCGACAGUGACUUGUGGAGUGAGGGUGGACAACCAACGAGCGCAGGUUCCGGAGGUCGCGUCAAUGACUGUGCUUACUACUACCGACCUUAUAAUAGCUUGAGAGAUUGUUAUUGUGAACCUUCGCAAGCAGCAGCAUUCUGCCUAUGCGAAGUUGAGCCUUUGACUCAAAACCUGACAACUCAGACUCCUGCACAGACUACCGCCCAAGUACCGACCACUCAGACACCUGCACAAACUACCAGCCAAGUAUCGACCAUUCAGAAUCCAGCACAAACUACCAGCAUAGUCUCGACCACUCAGAAUGCUGCACAAACUACCAGCAUAGUCUCGACCACUCAGAAUCCUGCACAAACUACCAGCCAAGUAUCGACCACUCAGAAUCCAGCACAAACUACCGCCCAAGUAUCGACCACUCAGAAUGCUGCACAAACUACCAGCAUAGUCUCGAACACUCAGACACCUGCACAAACUACCAGCCAAGUAUCGACCACUCAGACCGAAGCACAAACUACUAACCAUGUUUCGACCCCUCCGACUCCGGCCACAGAUACCAACCAUGUUUCGACCCCUCAGACUCCGGCCACAGAUACCAAUCAGGAAUUCGCUACUACCGUCGCUGAUGAACCAUCCCAUGAAACUUCUACUGGAGUAACGGGCGUUACCCGAGCAUGUCAACCGAGCAAACACCAUUUGAAAUCAAGCGUCUUCAGCCGAGUCAAGGACAACGAGGGACGCAAUCUGAUUGGCUACUGUCUCACUGAUCACGUGAUGGAGACCGUGCAAAUGGUGAGCCUGAUACGGUGCAGCAUGAUGUGCAAUGGCAUCGCAGGAUGCAAGUCAUUCAAUUACAAAGGUGGUGUUUGCGAGCUGAAUGAUGAGAGCAAACAGAGUGUAGGUUCUAGAUACUUCGUUCAGUCUGAUGGGUGCACUUAUUAUGAACUAGCUUGAUUUUGGAAGGUCAACAUAAGUCCUUAACACAAGGGUUUGCGAUGAAUUUUGUUAAUUUAAAAUAACGAUUCUGAUUGGUAAGUGAUCAUCCUUUUAAACAGCUUGUGCAUGCAACGAUGAUCGUGAUUGGCCAUUUUCAUUUUGCAAUUGAUACGAACCUUUGCGUAACGGGGUCGAGUAAUCACAGAGCAGGGGAACCAAAACCUUCACACUAAGUUACUUUUAUUGUAAAUUUUAAGAUAUUUGAAUAAAAUCAGUAAAUAUUUGAACAA